AUGAACGUAGGUGAAGAUAAUGUUAAUGAUACCGUAGAUGAAGAUGAUGUUAAUCCGGUUCCGGAUAUUGAUAUUUUUGAUCCUAGAAAUUGGGGUAGGCUUAGUAAUGACAUGAUUAAAGAGUUGGUUACGAAAGGUCCAAAAAGAGAUAUGGAUGUUAAGGGCCCCGUGGAUAAAUUUGGAAGACAUUUUUCUAAUACCAUGUACACUAGAAUUUUAUCAAAUAGGGAGACGUGCGAUAGAGAAUGGCUAGUGUAUUCGAAAAAACUUGACAAACUCUAUUGUUUUUGUUGUAAAGUUUUUAGAACGCAGCAUCCGAAAGGUGGGUUGGAUGAUGAAGGUUAUAACGAUUGGAGACAUGCCAGUGGUAGACUUAAAGAACAUGAAGUUGGUUUACAACAUUUUAAGAAUAUGAAUGAAUGGUUUGAAUUGCGGCAAAGGUUGAAAUGCAAAGAAACAAUUGACAAAGGGGCAUAUGAGCACUUUAGAAAAGAAAAAGAUUAUUGGAAACAAGUCAUCUUAAGGAUUAUUGCACUUGUGAAGUUUCUUGCAAAAUAUGGCUUAGCGUUUCGUGGGUCAAAUGAGAAGUUGUAUCAAAAAGGAAAUGGAAACUUUUUGGGUUUGGUUGAGAUGUUGGAAGAGUUUGACCCGAUUAUGAAAGAACAUGUGCGCCGAGUUUUGAAUGAAGAGUGCCAUGUACACUUUCAUAGCCACAAUAUUCAAAACGAGUUGAUACAAUUAUUAGGGAAUAAAGUUAGAACCGAAAUCAUCAAGAAAGUUAAGCAAGCAAAGUAUUACUCCAUCAUCCUCGAUUGCACGCCUGAUACAAGUCACCAAGAGCAAAUGUCCAUAAUUGUGAGGUGGCAAAUUUUGAAAGACAAUGUUAAAGGAUUAAUUCUUAAAUCAUUGUCUACAACUCGUUGGGAAAGUCGUAUAGAUAGUAUUAAGCCUAUAAGAACUCAACUUGGAGAUGUAAGAAAAGCUUUGCGAGAAGUUAGGGGGACGGAUAGAGAUGCUAAAAUCAUAAGUGAAGCUAAAUCAUUAGAAGAGUAUGAACUUGGUGAUUUUGAAUUUUUGGCACAAAUUGUCAUUUGGUUUGAAUUAUUAUCAAAGGUGAAUGUGGUGAGCAAACGGUUGCAAGCAAAAGAUGUUGUUCUUGAUGUUGCUAUUGAUGAAUUGGACAAAUUAAUUAAAUUCUUUAAGAAUUAUAGAGAAGUGGGGUUCUCUAAGGCACUUGAUGAAGCUAGAGAAAUUGCAAAUGAAAUAGGUGUUAAUGCGGAAUUUCGUCAAAAACCUAUUUUUUCACUUGAAACAAGAUUUGAACAAUAUCAAAAAUUCGAAAAAAUAUUUGGGUUUUUGUUUCCUAAAAAGUUGAAGACUCUUGAUGAAGCCAAGCUUAAGGAGUGUUGUUAUCGCCUUGAAGAUGCAUUGAAGUAUGAAGGAGAAUCCGAUAUUGAUGCUAAAGAAUUGUGUACGGAGUUGAAGUUGAUUACUACAUUUUUACCGAGACACAUUGACAACCCUUUUGACGUUUUAGACUAUAUCUUCCAACGCAGUACUACUUAUCCUUAUGCUAUAAAUGCAUAUAAAGUGUUGUUGACAAUUCCGGUAACCGUGGCAUCGGCAGAAAAAAGUUUCUCAAAGUUGAAGUUGUUGAAGAGCUAUUUACGUUCUACAAUGUCACAAGAAAGGCUAAACGGGUUGGCGACAAUAUCUAUUGAAAGUGAAAUAUUAGAUACUAUGGAUUACAAGGAGUUGAUCGAGAGCUUUGCUUCAAAAAACGCUAGGAGAACCACACUGUUUGCUUAG